AUGGUGCACUCCUAUUUCUUCUUUAAGGAGAAACUGAUUCAGAUGCAAAGGGGGGAUGAGUGGCCAUCUGGGCCGGAUAAAAAACCCAUGCCAGUAUCUAAAGGACAGUACCAAAAUACUAGUCUUCAUAUGCCUUUCCCUGUUCCUGAUGAUAUUGGCAAGACUUGUCUAGGAUUUUGUUAUGGGACUCCUCAUACACAACGAGGAGUCGAUUCUUACGGACUUGAUCGUAAUAGCACUGCUCAUCCGCAGACAUAUGGUCAGACUAAGGUUACCAACAGAACCCUCGGAAACAGGUUAGGAACAUUUGCAAAGAAAGGCCGAAGUAAUGGGAUAUUGCACAGGUGGGGUUCACUUACAAUAGUGCUAUUCAUUCUUCCACAUGAAAAUCACCCUUGCCAUUGUUACACUUUGGUGCCGAGCAUUUGGUUGACCUGGUCAGCUUUCAAGAGCCCAAAAGACUGUGUAGCUGCUGAAAUAUGGCUGAACCACGUUCAGACUAUGAGGGAAGAAGUGAAGGGACAAGCUAGAGAGCACUAA